AUAUAUCGUAGUGAAUAGUUGAUAGGUUCUUAAUGUCUACUCCUAGAUUUUCAUAAAUGUGAUACGAAAAGAAGAAGAAGAAGAAUGUGCUGUCCUUUUCAAUUCCAUUAGCCUUUUGUACUGUGAACCAACCUACACGCUUUCUUUCUUGGAUAAGAUCUCAAGAAUUUCAUAUACACAAUUUACCCCACUAUACUAUUAAGAAAAAUCAAUCAACUAAAAAAUUCACCUGUAUUUUAUCAACUUCUAAAUCGAAAAUUAAGCACAGCCCAGUUUUCUUUUUGUAAUUUCAGGGACUGGGUUGUGCUUCUUUUUUUACCUUAACUUCUCUCUUCUUUUUUUUUUAAAUCAAAUACUAAUUCAAAAAUAAUUUACGUUUAUUUGGUAAAGCGUUGGAUUGUGCUUUUACAAGUUGAAAUUUUGCGUGGCUACGAAUUUUCUUUAGAAAAUCAAAAGCUCUUUUCUGCUGGAUUGAAGAGGACCCAACUUUCACCACUAGCCAUAAGUUUGAUGUUAUUGGAUUGGGCAGGCCCGAACGAAACCAGACACACGAACAAAGACCGGGUUUUGGUGGUUAUUUAUUCUCAUAUGAUGAAUUUCAAGUUUGUGAGCGAGUGGAAGUGGAAGAAUUUGAUUGAGAAGGAAGAUUAAAAGCUUUUGAGGGCCAUGGAGAAUUCAUAUGAAACAUCAAACGGAAAUGGGCUGUUGGAUAAUGAUCAUACAAAUAUGAGGCAGUCUUCUCAGCCCAGCAUUAAUGUACCAUUACCUUGGCUUGAUUUAAGAGUAUUCUAUGUUCGUGUUAGCAAAUGUGAGAUUGACGACGCAACUCCUGAGCACCUUACAGUGAAUCACAUUCCGUUACACCCUGACACACUUCUUGAAGUAAAUGGUAUUAGAACUCCUGUCGAUUCUGAUGGGCCAUCAAUUCUUCUUAGGAGGGAUAGGUUGGACAAGAAAUCUGAAGAAGCUACAUUUGUUAGCACGGAUAGCAUAAGGAUUACUGGAAGUGUGAAGUUUGAAGUUUUUGAUAAGAAUAUUCUCUUGCUAUCUGGGGUUCUUGAAUUGUGCUAUAGUAAUGGUGUUAUAGGAGAACCGAGAGGCCAUAGCUAUAAAUGGAGUAUAAAUUGUAAGUCGGAUGCAACUGUAGGCACUAGCUUCCUGAAGGCGAAACAGCAUAUGGGUCUAGACUCACCUUCACCUACAAUUGAGGUCUAUGUUGCAGGAUCCUUCUCAGGCACACCAAUUAUCUUAACUAACACUUUGCAGCUAAGUUUGCACAAGAAGCAAAUGAGGAAAGGCAUGUUGGAUUCCAUACCAGAAUACGAGGCAACUGAGAACCCAGACUAUGCCCCUUUCCGGAUUCCUUUACAGUUCCAAGAUUACUCAAACCUGAAGCCAGAAAAUGAAGGCUAUAGCUACCUGUACUCAGGAAGGGAAUAUUUAGAAGGUGAAGAUGGGGAACUCUCAUGGUUCAAUGCUGGAGUUAGGGUAGGCGUUGGCAUCGGGCUAAGCAUUUGUAUUGGAAUUGGGAUAGGCGUGGGGUUGCUGGUUCAAACCUAUCAAGGCACCACACGCAGCUUUAGAAGGCGGCUACUAUGAUUAAAGAUUUUCUCAAUAUUGUGAUAGCGUUAACCUUCCCUUCUCUCACUCAUAGUCCUAAUGCCGCUGACAGAUAUCUGAUAUAUGAAUAAGGUCAUCACAUAAUUGCAACAGGUAAUGUAUAAAUUUUAGCUGUUGCUGGUUAAGCCUUUCAUCUGAAAUAAAAGGGUAAUUUCAUUUGUAUUGCAUAAUUGGAAACUUCAGAGUGCAUUUUGCACCUGAUAUCUGAUUCAGAUCUUGUAGUUAGUGUAAAUUGCUGUUGCCAUCAGUAUGAAGUUCUUCCAUCUUUGUUUUCUUC